AUGAAUAGUAUUGAAAGUUCUUCUAAUGAUAGCAAUGAGAUAAAUAAAAAUUCAAACAAAAAUAAUACACACUUAAACUCCAACUAUAAUAAUAUUUAUAAAAAUAAUAGCACUAGUAGUAAUAAUAAUAAUAAUCAUAAUAAUAUUGAAAUUAUUGGGAUAGAUAAUAAUAAAAAUAAUAAUAAAAAUAAUAACGAUAAUAAUAAUAAUAAUAAUAAUAUAGAUAAAAAAAGAAAGGAUAGUAAAAAUAAACAAAACCAAGAAAUAAAUCAAGAAAUGUCAGAAAAUAAAAAAAUUUAUAAUAGUAAUGAUAGUAAUUGUAGUAGUGGUAGUAGUAGUGGAGGACAUGUAAAUAAUGGUCAUCAUAUAUUAAUUGAAGAGAAUGAAAGAUUAGAACAUGAAAAUCAAGAGAUUCAAGAAAUUUAUAAACAAAAGGGUAUGGAAUUUCAAAAAAAAGAUUUAAGAUUUGGAUAUGAUGUUAAUAGUAAUAAUAAUAAUAAUAAUGGUGGUGGUAGUAGCAGUGGUAGUAGCAGUGGUGGUAGUGAUGAAUCUGCUUCAAAUCAACCUAUAAUUAGAACUAGAAAUAGAGAAGGUUCAAUUUUAAAUUUAAAGAAACAAGGUCUUGUAAAAGAAAUUAGUCAAAGAUUUCAAACACCAGAUACAGCAUCAUAUACAAGACCAAAUGCAAAUAAUAUUUCAAUUAAAGAUAAAAUUUCUAUAUUAAAAAAGGAGCAAGAAAGAAGAAAACAAGAUUCAGAAGUACAACAACGAGAAAAGGUUAUAGUAUUAUCAGCAGAUAGUUCAAAUAUUCAAAUUUAUCAUCCCUCUGUUUUAAUAGAAAAAAUGAAUAGUAAAUUGGAUACCGAAGAAAAGCCAGCAACAACGACAACAACUACUACUACAACAUCAACAUCAAUAUCAACAUCAACACCAACAACUACUACUACUACUACAACUAAUACUUCUACUACUAAUGAUAUUACAAUUAAACCAAAAACAUCACCAACAAAAAAUAAUGAAGAAAGAUCACAAUCACCAAUUACAACACCAAAACAACCAGUUGAAGAAAUUGUUAAAAAAGUAUCAACACCAAAAUCAAAUAAUACUUCUAAAAAGACAUCAUCCGAUACAACACCAACAGGAAAAACAACUAAAAAAGAUAAAAAAGAUAAAAAAGAUAAAUCAAGAGAUAGUGGUAAUUUAGUAAUUGUUAAUAAUACUAAUAAUACUAGUAGUAAUAAUAACAAUAAUAAUAAUAAUAAUAAUAAUAAUGAAACAAUUAUAAAACGUAGAGGUAGAGUUUUAGUUACACCAUCAAGUGAUUUAAAAAAGAAUAUUCAAAUUUAUUUUACAAUUCCAAUAAAUCCACCAGUAAAUAAAACCAAUAAACCAAAUCAAUUAUUAUCAAAUACAUCACAACAAUUUUUAAAAACAUUAAUUUCAAAUGAAAUUCCAAUCGAUUGUAAAAUCAAUGAUAUCAACGAUACUGAUGCAUUUUCCGAUUUAUCAGCAUCAGCAUCAUCAUCAUCAUUUAUAACAAAAUCAUCACAAUCAUUAUUAAAUGUGCAAUCAUUAAGAGUUAAAGCAAUUAAAACAUCAUUUAAUAUUUUAUUUUUAAUGCCAAAUCAAUCUAAAAAGAUUUUACAAGUUAAAGGUUCAGAUACAAUUGAAAAUUUAAAAGAAAGAAUAAUUUCAGAUUAUUUAUUUAAUAAUAAUAGUAAUAAUAAUAAUAAUAAUUGUAAAUAUGGAGCAGAUUCUUAUUUAAUAUUAGAUUUUAAUGAUAAUCCAAUGGAAAGAAGUUUAGUAUUGAAUAAAAGUGAUUAUAUAUUAGAUAAAAGAGCACAAGGUUUAAUACCAAAAUUAAAAGUUAUUGAAAAAUCAACAAUUUUAGAUUCAGAUCCAUCUGAUGAAUUAUCACCAAGUGAAUAUGAAAUUAUUAGAAAAUUAAUACCAGGUACAGAUACAUGGAGAGGUGAAGAAGUUGAAUACUUUAGAAGAGUUACAAGUAGAUUAAGAUAUGAAGCAUUACCAUUGAUUAAAGGAUCAAUUCAGUCUACUCUAUUGGUUAGAUUAUCACCAUUACCAAUACCAAUAGUUGGUAAUAAAAUAUUGAUUUCUAUAUUUUUACCAAUUACUCAAGUUACUAAAACAUUGGAUUUGGAAUUGAAUGAAACUGCCGAUCAAUUUACAAAUAGAUUAUUUACAAAAAAUUAUUCAAAACAUUUACCAAAUGUAAAUUCAAAUGAUUUCAUAUUAAAAGUAGUUGGUAGUUCAGAUUUUAUUCAUGGUCCACAUGAUAUUCGUACUUUUGAAUCAAUUAGAAAUCAUAUAAUUCAAGGUACAAAACCACAAUUAACAUUAAUUCAAAGACCAAAACCAGAAUUAGAUCCACAACCAUUUAAACCACGUUUUGAUUAUCCACCAGAAUUAAUAAUUGAUCAUAGUUGUAGUAAUGCAAUUAAUUGUAAUAAUAAUAAUACAAAUAGUACAAAUAAUAAUAAUAUAAAUUUUGAUAAUUGGGAUCAAAUUACACAUAUUUCUAUUAGAGAAAUUAAAAAACCAUUUAGAGUUAAAGUUAUGGGAUCAACUAGAAUACCAUUAUCAUGUAUUAAAGAUAUUGAUAGUAGUAGUGUUAUUGUUUCAAUUUCAUUAUAUCAUGGUAUUGAAUGUUUUUCAAAAGCAUUCACUCAACCAAUUAUACCACCACCAUUUGCAUUUUUAGCUGAAACUUUAUCAGUUGAUUGGUGUGAAUGGUUAGUUUUUACAAAUAUUGAUUAUUCAAAUUUACCAGUGGAUGCACGUUUAUCAAUUAGUGUCUAUAGUGCAAAUGAAACAGUUGAUGAUGUUGAAGAAAUUAAAAAUCUUGAUGAAGCAACUAAAAAGUUAACACCAAUUGGUUGGAUUAAUGUUAUGAUUACUGAUUUUAAAUAUCAACUUAGACAAGGUAUGGUAGAAUUAUCGUUAUGGCCAUCUGAUUUUUCAAAUCCACUUGGUACUUGCUCAAAUAAUCCAUCAAGUAGUCAAUCAGUUGGUUUAACAUUAGAAUUUGAAGAAUUUAAUUUACCAGUUUUAUUCCCAAGAAAAACUAAAUUCUCUACAAGUGUCUCAGUUAUUGAACAACCACCAACCAAUAUAAAUUCAAAUGAAAUGAGAGAAUUCUUUGAGCAAAUUACAGCAUUAGACCCAUUAUCAGAUUUAAAACAAGAGAAAUAUAAUCAACUUUGGACUUUAAGACAUUAUUCAAUUUUAUUCCCACAAGUUUUACCAAGAUUAAUGUUAAGUGUACCAUGGACUCAAGCAACUGCAGUAGAUGAAGCAAUUUCAUUACUUGAUAGAUGGCCAAAACUUAAACCUUAUGAAUCAUUGGAAUUAUUGGAUGCAAAACAUGCAAAUAGAAAAGUUAGAGAAUUUGCAGUUACAUGUUUAGAGGAUCUUAGUGAAGAUGAACUAUUAGAUAUUCUAUUACAAUUAGUACAGGUUUUAAAAUAUGAACCAUUCCAUGAUUCAAAAUUAUCAAGAUUCUUAUUAAGAAAAGCAAUUUUAAAUAGAAAUAUUGGUCAUUCAUUCUUUUGGUAUUUAAAAUCAGAUUUACAUGAUAGUAAUUUAUCAGAAAGAUUUGGUAUACUUUUGGAAUCUUAUUUGUAUGCAUGUGGUGCACAUAGAAUUGAGUUAUUAAAACAAAUGGAAGUUAUUAAUAAUUUAACAGAGGUUGCAAAGAAAAUUAAACCAUUAAAAGAUCAAGAUAGAAGAGAAUUUAUGAUUAAAGAAUUUGAAAGUUUAGAAUGGCCAAAACGAUUUCAUCUUACUUUAAAUCCACGUUUUGAAUCAAAUGGUUUAAUAAUUAAUAAAUCAAAAUAUAUGGAUAGUAAAAAGUUACCUCUAAGAUUAUCUUUUACAAAUACCGAUAUGAACGCUGACCCUAUUGAAGUGAUUUUCAAAGCUGGUGAUGAUUUAAGACAAGAUAUGUUAACUUUACAAAUGAUUAGAUUAAUGGAUAAGUUAUGGCAAAAAGAAGGUUUAGAUUUAAAAUUAUCUCCCUAUGGCUGUAUUUCAACUGGUGAUAUGAUUGGUAUGAUUGAAGUGGUGUUAAAUUCUGAAACCACUGCUAAAAUUCAAAAAAGUGAAGGUGGUGGCGCUGCUUCCGCUUUCAAGUUGGAUCCUUUGGCCAAUUGGAUAUUGCAACAUAAUAAAAGUGAUAUGGAAUAUCAAAAAGCUGUAGACACAUUCAUACUCUCUUGUGCUGGUUAUUGUGUUGCAACUUAUGUACUUGGAAUUGGUGAUAGACAUAAUGAUAAUUUAAUGGUUACAAAAGGUGGUAGAUUAUUUCAUAUUGAUUUCGGUCAUUUCCUUGGUAAUUAUAAAAAGAAAUUUGGUUUCAAAAGAGAACGUGCUCCUUUUGUUUUCACUCCUGAUUUUUGUUAUGUAAUGGGUGGUAAAGAAUCUUUUAAAUUUAGUCAGUUUGUAAAUUAUUGUUGUACCGCUUAUAAUAUCGUUAGAAAGAAUGCUAAAUUAUUUAUGAAUUUAUUCGCUAUGAUGGUUUCUACUGGUAUUCCAGAAUUACAAUCUAUGGAAGAUUUAAAUUAUUUAAAAGAAUCUUUUUCAAUAGAAUUAUCUGAUGAAAAAGCAAGGGAGAAAUUUGUUGCUUUAAUUCAUGAAAGUUUAGCUACAAAAACUACUCAACUUAAUAAUUUUUUUCAUCAUCUUGCACAUGCUUAG